CCUGUGGUAGUAAAGCUCUCAGGAGGGUAACACAACAUCACACCGCGCACUGCCAGCGCUUGGAUUUGACGUUUUGUAGAAAUUAAACCACCGUUUGAUCGUGACCAGUCCCCGUCGGAGGAGGAAAAUGGUCACAAUGGACGAACUUUGCGAAAUGGACUGCAGCGUUUUGAAGAGGCUGAUGAAGGACGACGGCGCGAAAUGUCUGCUUUUGGAUUGCAGGUCGUUUCUGGCGUUCAGCGCCGGACAUCUCCGCGGUGCCGUUAAUAUUCGCUGUAACACGAUCGUUCGGAGGCGAGCGAAAGGCUCCGUGAGUUUGGACCAGAUUUUGUCCGGGGACGAUGAAGCGAGAAGCCGCUUGAAAUCGGGGCUUUACUCCGCCGUGAUCCUGUACGACGAGCGGAGCUCCGAUUCAAACACCAUGAAAGACGACAGCACAAUCACACUGGUACACAACGCGCUGUGUAGAGAUACUUUUACCACGGAAGUCUAUCUGCUGAAAGGAGGCUACGACAGGUUUUCCAAACAAUAUCCAGACUACUGUUUGAAAACCAGAACACUGUCCGUGUCUAGUUCUCAGUCCAGUAUGGAGAGCAGCUGCCUGUCCUGCGCGACUCCUCAACAUGACCAGGGUGGUCCUGUGGAAAUCCUCCCCUUUUUGUUCCUUGGCAGUGCUCUCCACGCGUCUAAAAAGGAUAUGCUGGAUCGUAUGGGCAUUUCUGCCCUUUUGAAUGUAUCUUCAAACUGUCCGAAUCAUUUCGAAGGAGACUAUCAGUACAAGUGUAUCCCGGUGGAAGACAACCAUAAGGAGGACAUCAGCUCCUGGUUUAUCGAAGCCAUCGAAUUCAUAGACUCCGUCAAGGAUUCCAAUGGCCGCGUCCUGGUCCACUGUCAGGCUGGCAUCUCUCGCUCUGCCACCAUCUGCCUGGCGUACCUGAUGAAGAAGAAGCGGGUGCGUCUGGAAGAGGCCUUCGAGUUCGUCAAGCAGCGGCGCAGCAUCAUCUCCCCAAACUUCAGCUUUAUGGGCCAACUCCUGCAGUUCGAGUCUCAGGUGCUCGCAACGUCCUGCUCUGUCGAGGCCGCCAGUCCUUCCGCCAGCCUCGGCCCAAAGUCUUCCUCCACCCCAACGUCACCCUUCAUCUUCAGCUUCCCAAUGUCAGUGGUGACCCACAACCAGCCCGGCAGCCUCACAUACUUACAGAGUCCCAUCACAACCUCGCCAAGCUGCUGAUACACAAUGAGACUCUAAAUAAUUUAAAAACUGCACAUGCACACUAGUAAGGGCGCGUUUCUUUUGACGUUCUUCACUCGGCACAAUCACGCAGAAGUUCCAUCUUAAAGAAGCACUCAAUUUUUUGGGAAAUAGGCUCGUUUUACAAGUCAAAUAGAGUUCAACAGUUGAGUUUGACAAUUUUUGAAUCCAUUCAGCUGAUCUCAAAGUGUGGAAAGAACGCUUUUAGCUUAGCUUAGCAUAAAUCAUUGAAUCAGAUUAGACCAUUAGCAUCUCACUCAAUUUCAAAAAAGUGAAAGUUGCUAUUUUCUACUUGGAUUAUUCAGAAGAGUCAAGCACUAAAUAGGGAAAUCACCUAAACUUUUUUUUUAAUCAAAUUGAGAUGCUAAUGUUCUAAUCCGAUUCAAUGAUCCAUGCUAAGCUAAAAGUGCUAAAUGGAUUCAAAAACGAUAAAACUCAACUGUUCAACUCUAGGUGACUUCUAAAAUGAGCCUUUUCCGAAAUAAAGUGGAGUGUUCCUUUAAUAUCAGAAGAAUAAGUCAUAAUAUCCUGUGUGGAUGGCACAUUUUUCAUUUCCACUUCCAAAAAUAUUGGCGGCAGAGGUGGGAUUCAAAUGUCGGAGGUCUGUCUGUCGACUUCCCAUUUUUAUCACUUCCUCUGGACGAUUUUCUUGAACUCCUUUUAAUAGAGACAGACUUUUGACGGGAAGUGUCUUUGUCGAGUUUUGCAUUGUCAGUGCCUUGUUCAGAGAAGGUACACAGACGCUUUUGCUCAAACCGGCUCCAUCGCCUUUCAGUCUGCAAUACCAGUCUGUUCCUGUCAGAUCAGAGCAAUAACCUGAUUCUCCUUCCUCCCAGUCGCCACCAAAGCACUGUAUGAUUUUUUUUUUCAUUAUAUUGUUUGAUCAUGAUUUAAAAUGUCUGAUUUUUCAGAUCAAAAUUUCUUUUGCCAACUUGUACUGAGGAGAUUUUGAAUUAUUUCAGCUGUAUGCCUUAUUGACAAUGACUUCCACAUGGAAUGUUCUCAUUAUUAAGUCUAUUCAAAAGGAAGGGUGUAAACACUGAAGCUUUUUACACUGGAAACUGGGAAUGGGAUGUUUUUUUGUAAUAUUUCCAGCUUUGAGAAGCUCUGAGAGGGGAAGAGAAAACAUAGCAGAUGGUAUAAUGUGGUACUUCUAUUUAUAAGAUUGUGUGGGCACCUUUUAUAGCACUUUUUUUUGGCAAAUUCCUUCGUUUGUUUGUCUGUCAAUCACUGAUGAGAUGAAUGCAAUACUUUUUACUGUACUUGUGAGAUGUUAUUGUCUCAUGGCAAUAUCAUUCAAGAGGGUUAUGAUUUUUUAAAAAACUUUGCCCUGUUCUGUUGUAAUAUAUGUACAUUUUUAUUUAUCUCACGAUUGUCAUUGUUAAAUA